AUGAAGUUCCAUUAUUUUAAUAUAUUAUUAUUAAACAUUCCAUUGAAUAUAUUAAUAUUUUCAUCACAUGUAAAUGAUCAAAAAAAUGCAUACAACAGCAGUAUACAUCAUGCACCAAAAACAAAAACGACAAAAAUACCAAACAUUAGGUUGUUAUGUGAAUGCGAAUUAUACGCGGCUCCAAAUUAUGACAACUCAGAAAUGAAAGUUGUGAUGCAAAAUUUUGAUCGACAAACAGAACAAAGGUUUAAUGAAUACGAAGAACGUAUGUUGAAAAACAGAAAAAAAUGUAAGGAACAAUGCGAUAAAGAUAUACAAAAAAUUAUUUUAAAAGAUAAAAUCGAAAAGGAAUUGGAAGAAAAGUUAGCUGCUUUGGAAACAAACAUAAACACCAAUGACAUACCUACUUGCAUUUGCAAAAAAUCAGUAGCAGAUAAAGUUGAAAAAACGUGUUUGAAAUGUGGAGGAAUAUUAGGUACAACGGUACCACAAUUAGGAAUUUUAGGUGGUAUUUCUACACAUAUGUUGACAACUGCAGCUACGUCUGCUGCUAUUGAUGCUGGUAUGAAAGCUGUCGUCGAUAAACUUAAAGAUUUCGUUAUUGGAUUUAGAGGAAAUACUGUUGAUUUGACACCAAUUGUUAAUCCAUCAAGUUAUAAUUGUGGUAAUCUUCUACUUGAAAAUGCUAAGAAUUUAACGAAGACAACAUGCAUGCCUAAUAGUGCUGGAAAGGUCAGUACAUUGUGCGCUCAAAUACAGAAUAGUGGUAGUAUAUCUACCUUUAAUGGUUUCGCAGAAGCUGGUACUGAUGCUUAUAAUACAACAUGGGCAACCAAAACUGCAGAAAUUAAUAGUUUCAAUAUUGCCAUGAUGGCUUCAAUUAUUGCAAUAGUAGUUAUAGUUUUGGUUAUGGUAAUUGUUUAUUUAAUUUUACGUUAUCGACGAAAAGAGAUAAUAAAGAAAAAAUUACAGUACAUAAAAUUAUUAAAUCAAUAA